GUUGAUGUUUAUGGGGAAACAAGCUUCUGCUUCUUGUAUAUCUGAUCUGUAACUACUGGGUGCUGUGUGGACACAUCAGCUUAGAUCAGCUCUUUGAUUCUGCCUGCAAUUCCAGGACACUAAGCACCCAGAAGUGGGAGAGCAUUGGAAAGUGUGGUCGCUCUCCUGCCUAGGCUCCAUUUCUGACCAUCUUAUACUUCCCAGCUAUACGUACUGCUGUAUUUUCACUUGUUCUUGUUUGCUUACAAACUACAUUAAGACCUAUGUCAGGAUGUCCACCUGUGUGGAAUAAUAUGCUCAGCAAACCAUACAGCAGUUCUCUGCAUGGCAGCUCAUGUGGUGUUCUCCCUGCAGGUACAGUUAUGGGAAAGCGGUGAAAGGAACUGUGUGGGUGACUUUGUGCCAGAAAGCAAAGGGGUGUCCUCAAGAUGUCAGCAAAGAUAUCUGUAGAGAAUACAGCGGUCUGACAGCAAGAAAGGGUUGCUUCACAUCUUCAGUAAGCACAACAGUAUUUAAUCUGUCUCCCAGUGAGGAAGACAGCAAAAUCUAUGCAGAAGCUUCUCUCCUGGAGGAAGGCACAGGAGUCCAAAUCAACACAUCCAGCCAAAUUGUCAUUUCCAGGACAGCUGCAAGUGUUGUGUUUGAGACACCAAAUGCUUACUAUAUCCCUGGAGUACCCUUCAAGGGGAAGAUUAAGCUUCAGGACCACUAUGGAAAUAGUAUGAAAAACAGAAAAGUUAAUCUCAUUAUAAAGUUCAUGAGGCGUCAGCUUAUUAAAACUUACAUCACAGACAGCAGUGGAAGAGCAUCAUUCAACCUGGACACAACUGCCUGGAACACCUCCUCAGUCUCCUUGGAGGGAAGAUUCACGCUGGAGAAUGUCACGCAAAAACCUUGGAAAACUAGUAUCAAUUAUAUAAAUGCCUACCAUCAUCUGCAGCCCUUCCACGUCACAACCAAGAGCUUCCUGAAAAUACACCCACUCACAGGGAAACUGCCCUGUGGGCUGAAGCAGAGUGUCCAGGUGACCUUCACACUCAGUAGGGCUGAUGUGGGAGAAGACACCAACCGCGUUGAUUUUGCAUAUUACGUCACUGGAAAGGCUGGCAUUGUCAACAGAGGUUGGAGAAGUGUUCAGGUUGGAAAGCUGAACAUGCUGAAAGGCUCUUUCUCUAUCCUGCUGACCUUCACUGCUGACUUCACCCCUUCACCUUGCUUAGUGGUGUAUACUGUCUUCCCUAAUGGAGGAGUGACAGCUGAUAGCAUCCGUUUUGAUGUUGCCUUGUGCUUUCAAAACCAGGUCAAGGUAGAUUUCCCAACUAAAGAAAGCCACACAGGGUCAAUAGUGCAGCUCCAACUUGAGGCAGCCCCUGGCUCCAUGUGUGCAGUACAGGCAGUGGAUGAAAACGUGCUCCUCAUGAGACCGGAGAACGAGCUGACAAGCCAAAAGGUAUAUGGCUUGUUCCCUGCUAUCUACAGACAUGGAUACCCUGCCCAAGUUGAAGAGCAUUCAGAUCACUGUUUUCAGCCCCAGUUCAUGUCAUCUUGGCGCCAAGGAAAACCACAGCAUCCCUUUCAGCCUGAUAUUUUCAACCUCUUCUGGGACAUGGGUCUGAAAGUCUUCUCAAACCUUGCAAUCAAGAAGCCAACUCAGUGCACUCAGCAGGCAGAGAGGAAGCCAACCAUGGGGGUAUCUUCUAUGGAAGAUCAAAGAAUUACUAAGGAACAACCCCAGUUUACAACCCAAGGAAGAUUUCAGAACUCUUUGCCUGAAACUUGGAUCUGGAAUCUCUUCUUCGUUGGUUCCAAUGGCAGCAGGAGCAUUCCAGUCAUGACACCUGAUGCUGUCACGAAGUGGAAAGUCAAGAUGUUCUGCUUGUCUGGGAGGACAUUUGGCCUUGCUCCAACCACAAGUCUCAGAACAGUCCAGCCUGUCUUUGUGGAUGUGACACUGCCAUAUUCUGUGAUCCGAGGAGAGACUUUCAUGCUGAAGGCUACUGUCUUCAACUACCUACAGCAAUGCCUACAGAUACAUGUGGCCCUAGAUAAAUUGCUGGACUUCCAGGUGGAGGACUGCCAGACCUGCAGGAACAGAGAGUGCUUGUGUGUGGAAGAGUCCAAGACCUUCACAUGGAAUGUGACAGCAAUCCAGCUGGGGACUCUGAAUAUCACAAUCAGGACUGAAGUACUGGACACAACACCACGCUGUGGGGGAAGGAAGCCCUUGCCAGCUACCAUGAGGCGGAGGCAUGCUCUGAUCAAACACUUGCUGGUUCGGCCAGAAGGUGUGCUAGUGGAGAAGUCUUACAGCUCCCUUUUGUGCCCAAGAGGAGGAAACAUGGCUGAAGAACCUGUGCUGAUUCACCUCCCUGAUAAUGUAGUAAAGGGAUCUGCCAGUGCAUCAGUUUCCAUCUCAAGUGACCUCAUGGGACUGCCACUACAGAACCUGGACCGUCUGGUGCAGAUGCCCCAUGGAUGUGGGGAGCAGAAUAUGGUUCUGUUUACUCCCAUUGUCUAUGUGCUGCAGUACCUGGAGAAGACAAGGCAGCUGACCCCUGUGAUCAAAGAGAGAGCAACCAGCUUCUUGCACAAAGGCUACCAGACACAGCUUCUUUAUAGGCAUAGAGAUGGGUCCUACAGUGUCUUUGGGCAGCAGGAUGGGGAAGGGAACACUUGGCUGACAGCUUUUGUAGCCAAGAGUUUUGGCCAAGCCAAGAAAUAUAUCUAUAUAGAUGACAAGAAUAUCCAGGAUGCCCUGCGCUGGCUAGAGCAAAACCAGCUCCCCAGUGGCUGCUUUGCCACCAAAGGAAAUCUCUUUCAUUCCUCUCUGAAGGGCAGCUUGGAUAAUGAAAUCUCUUUGGGAGCAUAUGUUGCUGCAGCACUGCUGGAGCUGGGUCAGCCACUGAAGGGCAAGUUGAUGCGGACUAUCUUCCACUGCCUACAGCAUGCAGUUCACAACAUCACCAACACAUACACAGAAGCUGUGCUGGCCUAUGCUUUUGCCCUGGCUGGAGACUAUGAGAUAACCCAGGAGCUACUGUACAAGUUGGAGGAACAGGCCAUCAAGUCAGGAGGGCAAAUACACUGGAGUCCCAAAACAAGCUCCCCAGCUUCCACCGACUUCUGGCAUAGUACCCAGUCAGUGGACAUAGAAUUGACAGCCUAUGUACUCCUGGCAUACCUUUCCAAGCCACAACUAAAUGCAAGGGAUAUGAAAACUGCAGCUGGUAUUGUGGUGUGGCUGACCCAGCAGCAGAAUGCCUAUGGAGGCUUUGCCUCCACUCAGGACACAGUUGUUGCUCUGCAAGCCUUAGCAAAAUAUGCAGCAAGGAUGUUCAGCACAUCAGGCCAAGCACUUGUGAAGGUGAAGUCACAGAGGGAUUUUGGAAAGACAUUCCAAGUCACUCGCCAGAAACGUCUCCUUGUGCAGCAUGCAGAACUGACAGAGAUCCCAGGGCAGUUCUUGGUGCAGGUCCAAGGCAGAAGCUGUGUGUUUGCUCGGACAGUGCUGAGGUACUAUGAGCCAACUCCACAAACCUCCAUAACCUUCAGUCUGCAUGUCAACACAGAGCUGGCCAAUUGUAGCCAGGCCAAUAUGCAUGUUCUCACCGUCCACAUUCUUGCCAGCUACACUGGCAGCAGAGGCACAUCCAACAUGGUGAUCAUGGAAGUCUCCUUGUUGUCUGGAUUUGUCCUAGCUCCAGGAUCCAGGAAGUUGCUGGAGCGCAAAACCAUCAUUAAGAAAGUAGAAGUGAAAGCUGAUGUCAUCUACAUUUAUCUGGACAAGCUUAGUGAUGAGUCUCAGACUUUGAUUCUGCAACUGGAACAAAUAAUUAAGAUGAAGAAUCUGAAACCAACCAUCAUCAAAAUCUAUGAUUACUACCAGCCAGAGGAGCAAGCCUUGGCUAUGUACAGUGCUGUCUGUAGCUGAGGUAGGCAGCAAGUCCCUGUGUGAUUCAAAAAGUGUCAUCAUGAAAUGGUGGGUUUUGAGUGAGAGAGAGAAGAGAAUGUCUGGGAAGAAUAUAAGCAAUCUGAACCGGGAAGUGGUUAAGAAGUGGAGAGUACAUAUCCAGAAAAAAUGAGGAAUAAGCAGUUGUCUGUAACAGAGCAUCUAGAACUAGGCUAAGGACAAUUCUGUAGCCAGAGAGACAGCUGAAAGACUCUGGUGGCCUCAAAAUGGGAGUGGGGAAGGAAAGACUAAGCAUAGUGACUGCAUCACAUGGAAUGAGAAGGCAGAGUUAACAAAGAGAUUCCAUUCCCUCCUGAGUACCUGCUACACUCAUUGCAGGGUAGGAAACAGGGACUUGGGAAAUGAAAGGAACAAGCUGAAGCUGGGACAAUGUAAUAUUUUUUGUUGUGGGAUGACAUAACUGGCAGUUGGAAAGGGAAUGGAUUGUCAGUAGCAGCCUGAGGUGAGGACAGGUCUGGAACUAUCCCUCCUGGAAGGACAAAGCAGAAUUUUGGCAUAGAACAUGCUGUAUCCUGACAUCAUCCCAUAGAGCACGGUGGGAGUUUCCAGUUUUCCACUGAGGAAGGCCCAGGCAGUUUUGGGUCGUAAGUUGCAACUGCACAUUUUUUUAUUGCUUGUGUCCUUUAUGCAAGCUCCUGUUCCAUCAGCCUGCUUUGAAGCAGUCUCCACACAGUAAUGCAGUGUAAUUAAGACUGUAGCCCAUCACCCCUACUCAGCAGUACAUCCUUGCCCACUGUUUUUAGCAAAGCUCUUUGAAAGCAACUAUUAUGUUGUACAGCAGACAAAGUGUUGAACUUAUCCCAGUCCCUCCUUGCCUUUGACUGAAGCUUGUGUGAUGAUCACAGCUGCAAAGUACAAACUCUGCCUUGAGGGGUUUUUCCGGUGCAUGUCUGCUACUGGCAGGCUAGAGUUUUGCACUCUAUGCAAACACAGAACAGAUUUGAAGGAAUUAUUUUGCCCAGGUACUUCUAACCAUGAUUUUCCUGGUUUGGGAGAAAAAUGCUGAAAAACGUUGAACAGUCACUCAACUGGAUCAUUCUAGUCUCCUGACUUUUAAUAAGAGACCAGGCAUAGUUCCAGCAUUUAAGAAGCUAACAGCUCAGGAGGUUAUUUUCAAAUAUUUUCUCUUUGCUUCUCAUCUCCAUGUAGUAGCUGUUAACAGGAGUGACGAGAGGAGUGAUGGUCACAGCGACUGCAGAGAUUGUCUGUUCCCGUGGAGACAACAAAGGACAAAAAGUCUAUUUUCCUGAAAUAUUAAAACU